UUCGUAAUAUGGAGGAAUUGUCUUUAAAAAGCAAACACAUUUCAAAAAUAUGCAAUCGUCAAGUUCCGAUAGGCAUCUUCAGCCAAAUGAAAGUUCUUCAAGUGCUUGGCAAUGAUGACAAAACAGUUCUGUUCCCAUUUGUGAUUUACUGUGAUCUCGAAGCGAACUUCAGUGGUGAAGGAAAUGCAAGUGAAAAGGAACAGGUUAGUCUUCCUAACCCCACCCAUUUAGGGGAUGAAAACUCACAAAUACACCAUGUUUUCCCAAAUCUUGAAACUCUUGAAGUUAGAAGAUGUGAGGGUUUGAUCGGUUUGGGACCCUUCUUGGCAUCCUUUCGAAAUCUCAAAAUUUUGGACCUAUGGCAGUGCUAUGCUGUUGCCUUAAUCACAUCUUCAGCAGCUCGAAAUCUGAUGCAACUGAUAAAAAUGAGGAUCAGAGACUGCAGUACAGUGAGAGAAAUAGUUGCAAAAGGGAAAGAUGAUGCAAAAGACAUGAUCAGUUUUAGCAAGUUGAAAUGUUUGGUGCUUCAUUAUUUACCUAACCUCGCAAGCUUCUGUUCAGAGGAGUACAACUUUCAGUUUCCAUCCUUGGAACAAGUUAUUGUAAGACAAUGUCCCAAAUUGAAGAUCUUUUGUCAGGGAGGGUUUGAUCACCCCAGAGUUACACAGAGUGCAGCUGUCAGAAGAGGACUAUAAGGGCUUUUGGGCUGGAGACCUCAAUACCACCAUAUGCCAGUUGCUCGAAAACACGGUAAGAUAUUAUGAACCAGAGCAUUUGGAACUUCAUAAGCUUCCCCAGUUGGAGGAAAUUUGGAAUACAGUUCCUCAAGGAAUUGUAGAUUUCAAAAGACUCAAAUUUCUCAAAGUGUAUAACUGUAACAACUUGAGAUACCUAUUAACUGCUUCCAUGGCUAAGGAUCUUGUUCAACUGCAGCAGAUAAAAGUAAAAAAAUGCAGAAGAAUUGAAGAAAUCAUCAGAGAUGACAAAUCCACCCCAAAGAAAAUCAUAUUCCCUCAGCUUAAAACAAUAACUAUCAAGUCUUGUUCGGUAAUGACAUGCUUUUAUUUGGGAACUUUUGCAUUGGAAUGUCCAAACUUGAAAGAAGUUAAAUUAGUUAGCUGUGCAAAGAUGGUUGCAUUUGCAUCUACUGUUUCAAACCAGCCUCAGGUUGUGAACAUUGGUGAUGGAUAUUCAGAGAUUCUUGCGAAGGACACCUCCAAUGUCUCCGCUAAACCCUUUUUCAGUGAUAAGGUGUCAUUACCUUUGUUAAAGGAGUUGACAGUGGAAGACAUGGGGAACAUGGAGAGGAUAUGGGAUGAUCAACUUGAGAUCAACUCUUUCUCCAAAUUAAAGCACCUUGAAGUGCAUAGUUGUGUUAAACUAUCAAGCAUUUUCCCACUUAAUGUGCAGGGAAGGCUUCAGAGACUGAAAAAUUUGCAAAUAGUUGAGUGUGCUUCACUAGAAGAAAUAUUUGAACCUGAAAUCACCGAGGCAGAAAUAAACAUCAAGUUUGUAUUUCCUCAAGUGACAUACCUGAACCUUUAUAAGCUACCAAAACUGAAGAGUUUCUACUCCGGGGUGCACACUACCGAAUGGCCAUUACUGAAAAAAAUGGAUGUUUAUAGAUGUGACAAAUUGGAGAUAUUUGCUUCGGAAUAUUCGAGCUCCCACGAAACACAAGGACUGCAUCUCUUGUUUUGGAUCAAUAAGGGCACAUUCCCUUGUUUAGAAGAACUGAGAUUGGAAUGCAAUGCCACUAUGAAAGAGAUAUGGCAUGGACAACUCCCAGAAGGGUAUUUUAAACUGAAAGUUUUGGAGCUCAUAAAUUUUCCUGCACUGACUGUUCUUCCAUCUUAUUUCUUUCGGUCACUAUCUGAUCUUGAAAAUUUUUGUUGUUAG